CUGUACUCCAACACCAGCUGCCAGGGGAUAAGAUUGAUCGUGGCGCUCCAAGACACGGGCAAUUUCGUCGUGAGGGACACCGACGAUGAUGAUUCGCUGCCACCGCUGUGGCUGAGUUCGGAUUCCCCGACGGAUUCUUGGCUGCAGGGGAUGAAAUUGGGGGUGGUCAAGGCCGCCCACGGAAGAAGCAGUGGGGAGAAUCAGAAGCUGACGUCAUGGCUGACCGACUGUAACCCGGCGUCGGGGGCUUUCACCCUGGAGUGGGACCCCACCGGCGGAAAGGAGGAGUUGGUGAUGAAACGACGAGGCAUGGUGUUCUGGACCAGCGGCAAGCUAUCGGGUAACCGAUUCCCGUUUAUAACCCACCGACACAUCUCCAAUCCUCCGGACGGCGGCGACGAGGAUUACGUGAUCAUGGCAUCUCCUUCCGCCCUUCGACUCACACACCAAGGCAACCUUCUGGAGGACACCGGCUACAAAUACGUAUUGUACGGCUCGGUCUCCGACGCGAACAACAUCGAGGACGACUGCCGGAAAUGGGAGGGCCCAGAGUGCCGGAGAAGAAAUGACGGCGGCGACAGGUUCGUGGAGCUGCGUGGUAGGUUCGGUGGCAGAGGGCGCUGGAUGAAUGGCGGUCGCCGGAACCAUACUGUUGGUGAUUGCGAGGACAUUGUUAAUUUUAUUAGUCUCCUAUGUAUUGUAGUAGUAGAUGUACGUAGAGCCCAUUAG